AUGUUCAUCGAGCCUGUUGAUGAUGAGCGUGGUUCCGACUACCAGGAGAAGGGUUCCAAGAGUACCUGCUCCAAGGAUAGAGAUACCAUUGUGCAUGAGGAGUUGUUUGGGGAUACCUUCGAGGGCAGAAGUGCUCCAAUAAGUGUUCUCAAACCUAAUUCAAGUAUUGAUUCUAAUGAUAAAGCUAAAAAAGAUAAAAAAGUUCGGCUCGAAGAAGAAAGGGUCGCAAGAGCGAUCAAAGGCAUACCUCUCGAGCAAGGUACGGAGACCGUGGAGGUAGAUCCAAUAUUGGGUCUCAACCCAGGGUUAAGAGGAACGAAGGAGGUGGUAAGAGUGAGACUAAGAGUAGAAGGUCCAAGGACUAUUCGAGUGAGAGUAGUUCUACCGACUCGUCGAAGGGUGGACGACGUGUCCAACGCGGGCAACGUUCACGAAGAGGACGCGAAGGUAUCAGGAGAAGCCGGAAGAGAUCCUCUGACUCUAGCUCAAGAGAUCAUCACUCUUUCACCAGAAGGCGUAGAAGAGUUCGACACGGCUGAGCAGGUGGCCUUGAGGUUAAAGCCUUCGUAUAGGUUUAGAGGUGGAGAGGAUCAAAGGUCGGGUUCUGCUUGGUUGGAAGAGAUGGAAGACAAAACUGAGGGUCAUCCCUAUGUGGUUAAGUACCUAUGGUUGAAACAUCAUACGGAACCGCACUCCUGGGGUAGGGUGACAAGAGGGGAGUAUGCCCCGAGGAAUUGUCAGAGCGAGUAUGGAUAUUAUCUGCGAAGAGUGAAGAAGGCCUUUCGCAAGUAUUAUGAUACCAAUGAACACCUCCAGAAGGUGCAGAAAAGAUUGGAGAAUUGUGUCCAAGGGAAGGAUACAGUGGACCAAUUCGUUAAGCAGUUGGAUACCUUAUCUACGGAGCUUGGACUGAGGGAUAAGGUGGAAGAUUAUUUGGAGGAUAUUGGUAUUUCUUAUGAGAAGUUUAAGCGAAAGGUGGUUGCUAAGGCCGCCAAGGUUAAGCCGAUAUCUAAGGUGACUCAAUUCGAGGGUCCCAAACCUAGCUAUGGGGCUAGAGAUGGUCGCUCUGAUUCAAGAGAGAGAUAUGGCUCCAGAGAGAGGUAUUCAGGCAGCAGGUUCCGCAACCCGUCAGUCCACUCAGUGGGUACUGAGGGAACGGAGUCAGAAGCCGAGUUUGAUCCGAAGAUGUUAAUGGCUAUGGGUAGAGAUGCAGCACAAAUUAAAUGUUUCCGGUGUUUGAAGAUGGGUCAUUCCGCGCGCAACUGCAAAGCGGAGCAGCCCGCUGAGCUGGAAUCUAGGUGUUUACGAUGUGGGAGUGUGAACCAUAAAUUGGACGAUUGUCGGGUUAACCUAGAGAGAGCGAAGUGUAACCGCUGUGGGUUCCCGGGACAUUUGGCUUAUACGUGUCGUACAACACCGAUUGCUGCAAGAAGGAACGAUUCACCAUCCCCUGCGAAGCCUAGGGUCCCUAAACCCAAUGCUUCUGUUCACAUAGUUGUCCGAGACGAGGGUAGUGGGUCACAGGAUUCGUCAGGUGCGGAAGUGUCUCUGGUUACAGAAUCUAUGUUGAAGGAGGUUGCUCCGGAGAAGAAGUUGGAUACUUCCAAUAUUCCCAAGGUCAAUGUGGCGGAUGGUGCUACGCUCACGAUACAUGGGUGUUCGACACUCGCAAAGCUGAACACUACUAUCAUGUUGAGUGAAGCUGGUUCUAAGGUUCAGACUAAUGAUGAGUCUGAUGGUAAUAGGGUUUCGUCAAGGGUAUCUUUGAUAGUAAGUCUGGUUAAGGAGAGUGACCCAAAAUUGACCUGCCCUACGGUUGAUGAGUUGCAAGAUGGUAACUCCCCAUGGUUCUCUGCGAUUACGCCAGAUGCUAUUGAUCACCCAACAACUGAAGGUUUCUCGACUAAUAAUUGUGGUUGCCAAGGGGAAGGUAACACUUCCGAUCAACAAGAGCCUACAAACGGUGAGGGUACCCCCCAAGCCGAAGGUCAAAAACUUGAUCACCGCGGGCAACACAAAGGAGGAUCUGAUGACGAGGAGAACGAGGGUGACAACCGCGGGCAACGCGAACAAGAACCUGAAGGUUUAGACUCGUUGCCACCGUGGAAGGCUAUACCCCGAGAAUGGGUGUACGAUCAUAGCGCUGUUCUGGGUAGACCUAUCGUGGAAAUCCCAUGGAGUGGUUAUGCAAGGCCGGAUUUCAACUAUAAGCAGGCGGCAAAUAGAGGUGCUGCUUCGGUGAAGAGGUUGAAUGAAAGCCAAAGAGAGGCCUUUGAGAAAGCUUUGGGUGUGUACGUUAACAAGGGUUUCUGCGGCAUUGUCAAGAAUAAUCUGGAGGGUAAUUGCAUGAGGUCCCCAACUGCUACGGAGUGUCAGAGGACUUGGGAUCUAUUAGCCAAGGGUAGUGCACUCCAGGGUACCGUGGUUACCUUACCAAAGCACUUUACGCCGUCACAUGCCGUGUUCCGUACUGGUCAUGUGACUACUCCGUGCCGCAUUGUAUUGGACUUCCGCGAGAUGAAUAAAUUUUGUCUCAAGGGAGGUCGCACCCAAGGCCCUUACACGGUCCUGUGGUUGAGGGUUUCCUUUGGUAGUACCACAGCACCAAAUAUGUUGGAGGCGUGCGGCUAUGAUAUUAUCGAGGAGAUUGUCGGUAUCAAGAAUUCUCUACCCCCAGGGAAUGAGGACGUGGUAGACGCAAGAAGGGCGUCGCCCCUAGCGGUGAAAUAUAUUCGAGCGGGUCCUCCGGUACAUAGGGUGAUACAGUUCGAGAAGUUCGUUGAUGACCUAUAUUUCGGUGGAAAUACCGAUCGUGAGGCUCGAACUGCUAGGGAUUUCGUCUCCUACGUAUUCCGUGGUCAUGGGUUGUGUACCGAUCCGUUAAAAGAUCUAGAGACGGCUCAUGGUGGACGGAAGGAGAAGAGUGAUGGUACGGCAAAUGCUCCUGGUCACCUCCUAGGUUAUGAGGUGAUCACUGAGGUCGACGAGUUGCACUGCGUGUGUUCCGGUACUCCGCCGGAUGGUAAGGUCGACAAGAGGCGAGCAUGCGGUAUUCUAUCUUCUUUGUACGAUCCUAUGGGGUUGUUACUGGAGGUAGAUAUGCAGGGUCGCUUCCUAUGGAGAGACACUUGCAAGGUCGUCAAGGACUGGUCCGAAGUGUUGAAGGAUAAGGAGUUGUUAGAAAGGUUACGGAGGUGGUUGUUUGAUGCUCAAAGACAGUGUGCUGGUUUGGGUACACAGCGGUUUGUAGACCUCCAUAACGAGUCCUUGAUGGUUACGUGGUCUAUCCCGCGUAAAGAGCUGGUCGCUUUGCAUCAUGGCCUGAAGUACCUCCAAUCUGCGUCUAGUUACUUACCCAUCCCUACCGUACUGAGACCGUUGCAAGCUCCUCUACAAGGUUUAGCUCCACAGUAUAAGGGUCGACGGGUCUUACUGUUAUGUGAUAGCGAGAUUACCAUUUAUAGACUCAGGCGUCCGUCAAAUGAUCGUAAGCUUCCAGCCCCGGAAAGGAGACGGUUGGAGGAGAUUCGAGCUCUAUGUAAGAAGUUUGAUGUGGUUAUCCGACAUAUCCCGUCCGAGUUGAACUUGGCCGACGGUAUUACUAGAGCAAAUGUGGAGUUGAGGAGGUCGAUUCGGGUAUCAGAGGUUCUUAAGGUCUCGGCGACCUCAACUGUGGUCUAUGACCAUCGAGAGUCUCCAAUAGAAGAUACCGAGUCGGAAGAUGUAAGGUGUGACGACGGUGAGUCCAAGGGGUCUUGUUGUGACGUCGACCACGAGAACAAGGAUUCUAUUUCUUCCAAGGGUUGUACGGUGGUUUCCCGCGCCGAGGGUGAAGAAGAUAAGGUGGAAAGGAGUCGCCACGUGAUGGUUGUCAACGAGGAUGGAGAAGAAUAUGAGGAGUUGGCAGCACUCAUGAGGUUUGCGACGCAGGAAGGGUUGGCCACUGAGGAAUUACUCGGGGAGGAAGAGUUCUUAGACUGUGUGCUGAAAUGGGUUUCGAAUUACUCUGAUGUGGUGGUUCAAGUGUUGGCGGUGAUAUACCAUUAUACGUUCAUCCACCUGGGUGGUGCUCGGGUAUAUCGCAAGUUGCAGAAGAGGUUCGACCGAACGGGUAUGUCUCGACUAGCGAGGGCAGUGCGAUCGAUGAGUUAUAUUACUAGUGAAGUUCAAGAGUUGGUAACUGGUGGUUUGUGGCAAGUGGUUGGUGCCGAUUUGGUUGGGCCAUAUGACAGGAAAGAUCAUGGUCUUGUGGUUGCUCCAGUUAAGGAUAAGGGUGUCUUCACUACCACUCUAGACAAGUUGGUGUAUGUGAAGCCCGAAGGUUCGAUGUGGACAAGGCGACGUUGUGAAGAUUUGGAGGAGUUGCUGAAGAUCGUCUUGAGCCGCGUCACUCUAUAG